AUGGAUGCGAAGAGGAUAAUUCCCCUGAUCUCCUAUUCUCCAGAGCUCAUUGAUGGUGAGCCAAUCUUCUUAGCAUCAAAUUGUCUUCCUGUGAAGGCCUUCAAUCUCGAACCAGCAGGCCAUUCCUUUCACUCUGCGGCCCUUAGAUUCUCUGGUAUCUGUGAUGACGAAGAGGAAGACACCGAUGAUCAAAGUGUGUCGUCAGAUGACAAGAGCCAAGGUUACAUUCCCUCCUCAGAGUCAUAUAGCAGCAAAGGGAAAAAGAAAUCCAACGCUGGGAGCAAGCAGCAAGAUCAUUAUGCCCUGUUGGGCUUGAGCCACCUGCGAUUUCUGGCGACAGAAGAACAGAUAAGAAAGAGUUACCGCGAGACUGCCUUGAAGCACCAUCCUGACAAGCAGGCUGCUCUCCUUCUUGCUGAGGAGACGGAAGAGGCGAAGCAGGCAAAGAAAGAUGAGAUAGAGAACCACUUCAAAGCCAUACAAGAGGCUUACGAAGUUCUCAUAGACCCUGUGAAACGAAGAAUCUACGACUCCACGGAUGAGUUCGACGACGAUGUUCCAACAGAGUGUUCUCCGCAAGACUUCUUCAAAGUAUUUGGUCCGGCUUUCAUGAGAAAUGGAAGAUGGUCCGUCAGUCAGCCUGUUCCUACUCUUGGGGAGGAGAACACUCCGUUGGGGGAGGUGGACAGUUUCUACAAUUUUUGGUACAGCUUUAAGAGCUGGAGGGAGUUCCCCCAUGCCGACGAGUUUGAUAUUGAGCAGGCAGAGAGUCGUGAGCAUAAGAGGUGGAUGGAGAGGCAGAACGCGAAGCUGAGGGAGAAGGCAAAGAAGGAGGAGCAUGCACGGGUUAGGAUGCUUGUCGAUAACGCCUACAAGAAAGACCCAAGGAUCAUGAGGAGGAAAGAGGAGGAGAAAGCAGAGAAGAAGAGAAAAAAAGAGGCAAAGUAUCUGGCCAGGAAGCUGCAAGAGGAGGAGGCCGCCAGGAUCGCCGAAGAAGAGAGGUCUAAGAAGGAGGAGGAUGACCGGAGGAUCGCCGAACUGGCGCUGACCCAGAAGAAGCUGAAGGAAAAGGAAAAGAAGCUCCUGCGCAAGGAAAGGAGUCGCCUGCGGGCUCUGUCGGCCUCGGUGAUUUCUGGGAAACUGUCUGGCAUCUCAGAGGACGACAUAGAAGGCUUAUGCAUGUCGCUCGAGAUGGAACAACUGAGACAGCUGUGCGAUGAGAUGGAGGGGAUGGCGGAGGGGACGAUGAGGGCCCAGAGGCUGAAAAAUGCUCUCUCUGUAGCUGACUCGGGUUCUUCGAAGCAAGACGAUAGCAGCACAAAAUCAAACGGUUCUCUGAGCUCUGGCGCGAAAACUAAUGGCGUCGGCCUACCCGUUAAGCAGGAGAUCCCGCUGAAUGCCUACGAGAAGAAGGACAGGCCCUGGGGAGAAGAGGAGAUUGUGAUGCUGAAGAAGGGCAUGCAUAAGUACCCUAAGGGAACGUCCCGGAGGUGGGAGGUCAUCUCAGAGUACAUGGGCACGGGUAGAUCGGUCGACGAGAUCCUCAAGGCGUCCAAGACCGUGCUCCUGCAGAAGCCCGACUCUUCCAAGGCUUUUGAUUCAUUUCUUGAUAGGAGGAAGCCCUCGCAGACCAUUGCAUCCCCCCUCACAAGUAGAAUCGAAGCCGGAGAGCCCCCUGCUGGUGCGACUGGGCCCGCCGCCGCCGCCGGCACUGCAGUUGAUGCCGGAGAGAAGCGGCCUUCCGCAGCCGGCAGCUCUUCAAGUCAAGGCAAAGAUAGCGGGGCUGCCCCAGUUCAAAAUGGAGCUCCUCCAGCGGCAGACCAGGACGCAUGGUCGGCGACCCAAGAACGAGCUCUCAUUCAGGCGCUCAAAACGUUUCCCAAGGAGGCCAGCCAGCGGUGGGAGCGCAUCGCCGCCUCCAUUCCGGGUAAGACCGUGAACCAGUGCAAGAAGAAGUUCGCCUUGAUGAGGGAGAACUUCCGGAGCAGGAAGAGCGCAGAGUGA